AUGGAGGAACUCAAGGAGAUUCUGACUGAGGAAAUUUCACCGACGGCACCGCUGACACCGGCCAGGAAGAGCAUCAAGAGGGGAGAGGGUCGGCGUGACAUGUUGGGAACGCCCCGAGAGAGUGUUCUCCAGUCACAGGGCACGCGGGAUGCAUUUCUCGAUGGCAGAGAGCUGAUUUCACAAGCGGACAUGUCAUCUCCAGCGACCAGCGAGGUCUCGCCGAGGGUCGGCGUGACAUGUGCACUCCAGUCAGAGGGCACGUGGGAUGCAUUUCUCGAUGGCAGAGAGUUGAUUUCACAAGCGGACAUGUCGUCUCCGGCGACCAUCGAGAUCUCGCCGAGGCAAGAGCUCCUAGUGCUCCAAGCCCUCAAGGAUGCCUCCUCUUUUUGCCUUGGCAGAAAUGUUGGUGCUGUGACUGGCGACCAUUGUCGCAGCACCUUCAAAGCCUUCGAUCCUUCAAUCCUCCCUUCACAUGGCCGACUCGCUCGCCUCUUUGCCUUCGUGCUGUCUGGGCCUCUCCGUGUGCACGAUCGCGGGCUUCAGGCCAUUCAGGAGUACGGCACCUCUCGAGGCGGUGAAUUGCAUCUGCGGAGAACGCGCGCGGCACAGGAAAGCAAGAAGCCCCUGAAGAGCUUCAGUGGCUCCGCGGCAAAGACCCCAGCCAAAGACAACACCGCGGAAUGUUUCUUUGCAACGAACUGGCGCUGGGGAACGAAACCGCCCACGCGGCUGGCAGCUGGCUGCGAUGCGACGAUCCGUCCGUCCUCUGCGGGCAACUUGAACUUGAAGCUGGGAGCUCCUAGAAGCUCCGUGAAUGGGAUAAAGAGUGUACGACGUGCCAAGUUGCAAAACUCAAGUGCACUGGCCUGCGUUGCAAGGGACAUGCGAGGAAAUGCGCCGGACAGCCGCGAGUUUCUUGUGUCGCACUCGGCUUAUCACGGAGGCUUCACGGACAGGCUGCCCGGGGCAGGAUGUGUCAAACGCAUGUUCAAGGCCUUCCUCACAUUGCGCACCAGUAGGAGCCUCGACGCUGGCACGGCUUGUGUGCCCACCGAACAGCCACCGGCUGACUCUCUGGUAGCCUUCAUUGGUUUCAGACAAAUUGCGAGCUGCUCCGACGAAGGCGGAUCUGUGACGUCGCCAUCGGCUGCCUUGGACGGAUGGCUGCACAGGGGCUGGAAUGCAAUGACAGGCCGGAUUGGCGGCAGUGGAUUCUCAGAUGCUUCCCCGGACAAGCCCAACACGGAGAAGGCAUUGCGAGCAGUGGCCGCGAUGCUAGCAGAGCUUGCAGGGCAUCGCGAUGCAGUACCACCCGGAACAUGCAGACCGUGA